CUAGAUAAGUAAUUUGAAAAUUCGAUAGUCGAAUGCUAUAAUUUUACUUUUGCUCGCUUCAUUGGUUAAUUGGCAACUAAAAAAUGAGCUUCACCAAUUUAAAACCUAUUGCUUAUCAAAAUAUUAGAAGAUCUGAAAGAAUUUUGAAGGAAGAAAAAGAAGGUAACAAACACAAGAAAAUACAAAAAAGUCUCUUAGGUGAUUUUGAUUUAUUACCUAUGGAAAUCCGAUUUAGAAUAUUUUCUUACCUUCCAGCGGAUGAUCUUAGCAUUUUAAGUAUUUCUUCGAAAGCAAUAAGAAAUCAAAUUGAAGUUUAUAGAGACUCGUCUUAUGGUUUAGAAAACCUUAUACCAGCUGUAAUUACAAAGAAACUUACCUUUCCAAUCUCUGUUGCUUUGGAGAACGAAAGUGUGAUGCAUUUUCAUAAAUUAGCGGUCAUAAUGACGGAACGAUGGAGAGGUUGUACGCUAUCUGUGGAAUGCACUCUGGGUACCAUAGAAGGAUUGGUUUCAAGUGUUGAUGCAUCAAAUCAAACUCUGACUUUAAUAGAAGUAGUCAAAAAUGGAGCAGAAUAUGUGACACCUGAAAUUACAAUUAAUGCUAGAGAUAUACGUGGAAUAAAAAUUUUGAAAGCUGCCGAAGAAAAAUGGAAGGGUGCUGCAGUACAACAGUCCAAAAGUUCUGCCUUCGUUGCACCAGAAUCUCUGACAAAUAAGUGCAGAGAAUCUCCUGUGAAAUCUGAUGAUGCUUUGAGAAAAAAGUCAGGCGAAGCAAGAAAGAAAGUCUCCACUCCAAAAAAGAAUGAAAAUAGAAAAUGGUACAUGGAAAGAGACGAAGAGUGUUUCAAUGUUCCAAUCGAUAAUUCCAUUUUAGAAAAUGAUUUUGAUUUUGAAAAAAACUUAGCACUUUUUGAUAAGCAAGCAAUAUUUGAUGAAAUUAAUGCCCACACCAAAGGAGAUUCUGUACGUCUUGUAGACUGUAAUAGACGAGAACAAAGAUAUAGGUGUGAUGAAAAUGUCCUAGAGGGAGAAACUUUUGUGUCUAAUCAGAUUUCUGUUCCUUGUAAUGUAGACAGGAUAUUUGUUACAGAUACGGGUUUAGUUAUACCAAGUAUUAGUAAAGAAUUGAAAGAAAAAUUACUGAAAGUGGCAGAAGAAUUUGGUCUUGCCAUAGAAAGACGACUUGAAAUGGUUGGGCGAGCAACUACAGAAAUGGUACUUCAAUUACUGGGUGGUAGUCACAGGUUGAGUCCACAAAAUUCUCACCAAAGGCCGACAGUAGUAAUCCUUUGUGGAUUACAUACACAGGGAGCACAAGGAAUUAAUUGCGGAAGGCAUUUAGCCAACCAUGGUGUCAAUGUAACUGUCUUGGUUCCUCCCACAUCAUCAAAAAAUGAAUGCUUUUCUAAGGAAUUGACAUUGUUUGCUUUAACUAAUGGAAAGAAGACUUCUUCAGUGUUAGACAUGCCCUCCACUGUAGACAUAAUCAUUGGUGCUCUGGACGGAUAUGAGAGGCCUCCUCCAUCGGAACAUUUUUGGUAUUCUGCUGCCGUCCAGUGGGCUUUACAGUGCAAGGCACCAGUUCUCUGUUUAGAUUGCCCCCCCGAAGGUAGUUGUCUGGAACCAAAAUGGAUGUUGGUUUCAAUCAUGCCAUUUGCAUUUAAUGAUCACUGCAGUCUUUAUCUGUGCGACAUUGGUUUGCCAAAGGAAGUGUUUAAAAAGGUGGGAGUGAAUUAUACUUCUCCGUUUGGUUCAAAAUUCAUCAUUCCUCUAUAUCUGAAGAGUACUUAAUCACCUUUUUCACGUGGACGUUGAUCAAAUAUGUAUAAAACAUGUUAAAGGACAGAUUAUUUCAUUACAGAAUAAAACCAACAGUGAAACAAGUGUCAAAUUUUUUAAACUUAUAUACUAUCCAAUGAUAAAAUAUAUUUUAAUACAAAAAAUUUAAAAUUUCUACUGUAAUAAUCACAAAUUACAUACCCAAUUAAGAUACAAACUGUUUGCUAUUAUUUAUAAUACAAUUAAUAGCCCCUAAAACUUCCAUUGUUUCUUCAAUGUAAGAUACUUCUUUGUCUACGACUGUUUUCAGUUUGUUAAACUGAUUGACCAGUUCGACGUGUUCAUUUAUGUUUGUGGAGUAUAUAUCUAAGAAAAUAUUGCAAGUUAUAUUUGUAUUAAUUGUGUUAAAAACAAGUUUGGUAUGUAAAGUACUUACCGACGAACAUGAUGGCAACGUCAAGAAGUAUACGGGAAAAUCUUGGAUCUCCGAUAUACCUAAAAAUAAAAAUUGUGUUGUAAAGUA